CUUUAAAGGGCCCUCGCCCCGCCUUUGUAACCACUCAAUACACGACCGCAGUCAUCGGUGGAUCUCUAUAAACAGAAACAUGCUGUAAAUUCUAACAGAUUUCCCAACAACGACAUGAGCGAUCAAUUAACAAUGGAGACAUUAGAACAACACCAUCAAGACAACAUUCCCCGUCAGCGGCGACGGUCCUCCAUCAAGCCCGAAGGGUCAGAAAGCACCACCCAAGGUCUCACGGGGCCUAACUUUCGGCGAAUGUCCCGGAUCGAGCCACGGGCUAGCUUACAGUACGGACUGGCGGGUAGGCGUCCCUCCCAGGCUUCCCGCCGUACCAGUGUGUCCUGGACCUCACAGGGAACAAAACACAACGUCAUCCCCGUCCGGCUCCAAAACACCUACCGGAUGCAUCCCGAAUCCAAGGAGAAAUUUAAUCCCACCUCGGUAGAAAAAAUGAUGAAAGGAGUGCUCGAAUCGUAUCUGGAUGGAGAGAAUUACGAACACAAGAUGUGUGCAAAUUUAGCUCAAAAUCUAUCUGACGUCAUCAAGUCACGUGUUAAAGACUUGGGUUUCCCUAGAUACAAGUUAGUGUGUAAUGUGUUGAUAGGCGAGAACGCUAACCAGGCCCUUCUCAUGACCAGCAGGUGCCUGUGGAACAGUGAUACGGAUAACUUUGCUCAGGCCCACUUCAGCAAGGGCAAGUUAUAUGCAAUAGCUACUGUGUUUGCUACAUAUUUUGAGUGACCGUCCUUUUAAAAUGUAACUCUUUAGUGCAAUGGAAGUGUGAAUUAUUAUCAUCAAUAAAUUAUUAUUUAUCUACCAGGAGCAAAAAUU